AGGAAGGAUCAGCAAAUUUACUGUAUAGCUUCAAGAACGAAGACACUGCAAGCAGACACAGAAUCUCUUUUCCCAUUAUAUUUUCCAAUAUUCCACCAAAUUCAGACAUCCAUCAGAAAUGGCAGUACGUCAGACCUUUUCGAAAGUGAAUCAUGAGCGCAUCCAGGCUGUGGAGAGUACCUUCAGACGCUCUGGAAAGCCUCUUCAAAUGCCUGGCCGUAUCCUAGUGGGAGAAGGUCGCUUGCUAAAGGUUUGCAGACGUGGACCCAAACCCAAGGUGUUCUUCCUCUUCAACGACGUCUUGGUCUACGGCAGUAUUAUGUUGCCUGGCCGCUGGAAUAAGAAAAAGCAGAUCAUUCCUCUGGAUGAGGUGCAGCAGGAAGAUCUGAAAGACGGAGAGGACAUGGCUAACCAGUGGCUUAUUCGAACACCACGUAAGUCCUUCUAUGUGGCGGCAGCAUCGCCUGAGGAAAAGCAAGCAUGGAUGGAGCACAUUGAGCGGUACAAGGCCCUGCAUUUGCGAAACAAGGGCCGUACUAUUGACAGAACUGCCAAGAGAAACUUGGCUGCUGCCUGGAUUCCUGACGACGCCACCGAAAUUUGCAUGCGCUGCUCAGAUCGAUUCACCGUUGCUAAUCGGAGACACCAUUGCCGGAUGUGUGGCUUUGUAGUAUGUGGAGCUUGCUCGAAGGACCGGGCCUUGCUACUCAAUAUCUCCUCAAGGCCUGUGAGAGUCUGCUGGCAUUGUACUGAUGACCUUGAGGACCAGGGUGAAGAAGAGAAGAGGCAGAGAAGUGCCAAUGCAAAGAAAAGGAGAAAGAGUUAUUUGGAUGUGUCUGAGAGUUCCAGUGAAGAGGACCUAGAGCAGGACAGCGAGUAUCAAGUGCCCACCAAGUGGUUGAGUACCCUGCAACUUAAUGAUCUCCGCUACUGCUACACAAAACCUGAGUAGAAAAACCUUCUCUCACUGGACUAUGAACUGAAUAGAAGAAAAUAAAAGAGCGCCUAAUGUUAUUGUAAACUAUGCUGGAAUUAAUCAUGUAUUACUUCAGCCCAAACAACAGACCGGGACAUAUUAGUUUUUUUUUCUGUUAUUUUGGAAUAUAUUAAAGUAUUUUGCACUAGAGACACUUCUGCUAUAUGUGUUUUGCACUGUUGAGUUUUAUAAAUGUUUCUAAUACUUUGUGUGCGUGCAUGUGUGUGUGCGUGCGUGUGUGACAUUGACAAUGACAAUUGCAUUGUUUAGCAAAUGCUGUGAACUUUAAUUUGUCUUGCGAUUGUAAAAUAAUGUAAAUAAAUGUAAAAUAUUUGUACUUUAAAUAAACUGGAUAUUA